GCAGAAGUCGACUAUAGAAGUUUCUGUUUCUAACUCGUUUCAUGUGGAUCGCAUCUGACCUGUUCUGGAUUGAUGGAUUGAUACAUUAUUCAAGUAAAUGCAGUCCUACACCGUCAGAAGAUUUGAAUGUGCCUGAAGACACGUCUGAAAGCGGACUCAUUAAUCUUCAUCCUGUAGCACCGGAAUAUCUUCUCAACGCCUCAAACUGAACAACGAUGUCUUCUAAAGAUCCCUACCAGUACAUAAUAGUGGAACACCAGUAUUGUCAUAAGUUCAAAGUGACUGUGUUACGAGCCGAACAUGUCACUAAGGGAGCUAUUGGUGACUUGCUUGAUACUCCUGACCCCUACGUUGAGCUAUUCAUCUCCUCGGCUCCAGAAAGCAGGAGGAGGACAAGACACAUUAACAAUGAUGUCAAUCCCAAGUGGAAUGAGUCAUAUGAGUUCAUACUGGAUCCCAACCAGGAAAAUAUACUUGAGAUCACUCUAAUGGAUGCUAACUACGUUAUGGACGAGACUCUGGGCAGCACGACGUUUCCCAUCUCCUGCGAAACAAUCCGAGUUGGGCAAACAAAGGAGGUGCCAUUCCUCAUCGGCAAAGUUACUAAAGUGUUUCUAGAGAUGACCCUUGAGGUGUGCUCGUCCACGGACCUGCGCUUCAGCAUGGCGCUGUGCGACAAAGAGAAGAUGUUCCGGCAGAAGCGCAAGGAGCGAGUGAUGCUGGGAAUCAAGAAACUCCUGAGAAUGGAGAAGGGUCGCUGUCUUCCAUCAUCAGAACGGGAUGUGCCGGUGGUUGCUGUACUGGGUUCUGGAGGUGGAUUUCGAGCCAUGGUGGGGUUCUCUGGGGUGAUGAAGGCUCUCUAUGAAUCUGGGGUUCUAGACUGUGUUACAUAUGUUGCGGGACUCUCAGGAUCCACAUGGUACAUGUCAACGCUGUAUUCUCACCCGGACUUCCCGACGAAAGGGCCACAAGAGAUCAACCAGGAGCUGAUGAAAAGCGUCAGCAGCAACCCGCUUUUCCUGCUCCGGCCGCAGAACAUCAAACGCUACAUCGAGGCUCUGUGGAAGAAGAAGGCAUGUGGACAGCCAGUCACCUUCACUGACAUCUUCGGCAUGCUCAUUGGGGAGACCCUCAUCCACGAUAGAAUGGACUUUAAAAUGAGCCACAUGCAGGACAAGAUCAAUGAAGGACAGAGUCCUCUGCCAUUAUUCACCUGUCUGCAUGUCAAGCCUGACGUCUCAGAGCUCAUGUUUGCAGAUUGGGUAGAGUUCAGCCCCUAUGAGAUUGGAAUGGCUAAGUAUGGGACAUUCAUGCCUCCUGAUAUGUUUGGAAGCAAAUUCUUCAUGGGAACGGUGGUGACAAAAUACGAAGAGAACCCCCUGCACUUCCUCAUGGGUAUAUGGGGCAGCGCUUUCUCCAUUCUCAUCAACAGAGUGCUGGGUGUCUCUAGCUCAAACAACUCAGGAUCCACCAUGGAGGAGGAGCUUGAAAAUAUUAAGCCUCAGCACAUCGUGGGAGAGGACGGUCUGGACGGUGACGAAGAACCUCGCAAAGUAGGAUCAGAGAACCUGGAGGUGGAGGAGGAGUACCAGAAAAACGCACAGGCCAGCUGGGUUCAGCGCAUGUUCACUGCCAUGAUCAGCGACUCCACUCUCUUCAACACUCGUGAGGGGCGGGCUGGCAAAGUGCACAACUUCAUGCUGGGCCUCAACCUCAACACCACCCUCCCCUACUCUCCCUUCAGAGACCUCAUGUACCAGAACUCUGUGGAAGAAGAGCAAUCCGUGGUAACAGAUCCAGACGAGUUUGACCAGAUCUAUGAGCCACUGGAUGUGAAGAGUAAGAAGAUCCACGUGGUGGACAGCGGACUGACCUUUAACCUGCCGUACCCCCUGAUCCUGCGACCCCAGCGAGGGGUCGAUCUCAUUAUCUCCUUCGACUUCUCUGCUCGGCCCAGUGACUCCAGCCCGCCCUUCAAGGAGAUUUUGCUGGCAGAGAAAUGGGCCAAAAUGAACAAACUGCCCUUCCCCAAGAUCGACCCCAAAGUGUUUGACAGAGAAGGCCUGAAGGAAUGCUACGUGUUCAAGCCUGAGAAAGGCUACAAAAACUGCCCGACAGUCAUCCACUUUGUGCUAGCCAACAUCGAUUUCACAAACUUUAAGGCUCCAGGUGUUCCGAGAGAAACCCAGAAAGAGAAGGAAUAUGGUGAGUUUGAUAUCUUUGAUGAUCCUGAAUCGCCGUACUCCACCUUCAACUUCCGGUACUCCAACCAAGCGUUCAAACAGCUGCACGAUCUGAUGGAGUUCAACACGCUCAACAACAUUGAAGUGAUAAAAGAAGCUAUCAUUGAUAGUAUUAAAUUCAGGAAGGAGAAUCCAUCCUGCUGCUCUGUGUCGCUCAACGAUAUUGAAGACAGAAAGUAUUUCAAUAAAGAUCCCCACAGCAAACUCCACACCUAACAAAGCCACUUCCAACAAGGAGGACUGUACCAGAUGUGAUUGUCAUUGCACCCCAUCAGCAUGUUAUCAGAAACAAUUACAGUAUAGAAUGUGAAUGUUAGCAGAAGAGGUGUCUAAAAUACUUAGAGACGGAUAAUCUGUGGUUCAGAUGAUCAUGGUAACAAGCCUACUUAAAACUGCUGGAUUCAUUCUGUGUAAGUCAUUUGGCUGGUUCUGCAGACCCCAAUUAGCACUAAUCUUGGACUACCUAAUUUUACUGCAGGCAAAGUGGUCUGCGAAGCCAGCUGAUUUAAGCAUGGUACACUUAGUAGUAGGUAUUUAUGUAAUCCAAAUCGGGCUGAACUGUGCAUGGUCAUCUGCAUUACUAAACAGUUGAAGCUGUGAAAAUUUGGUGUGCUGAAAAUAUAAUAUUUCCAGUGUGUGUUUUAUAAAGGCAGACCUUUUUUAUUUUCUAGGGAGAAAUCGUGAUAAAACAAUCACAGUUAUAACUAAUAAAUAAGAAAAAGAAGAAAAAGUAAUAAUGCAUUACAGAGAGCCUGGACAGUCCUAUUGGGAUCAUAUAAUUGGGACUUCUUUAUCUUACUAGUCUAUUUGUAUUAUUUUAACCCGGUGUAGUUUAUGUGUAUAACAUGGUCAUUUACAGAUGAGAGUGUAUAUUCUAAUCUGUAUGGUAAUAGUAAGUGUUGUAUGAUUAUUUAAUGAUUUGUGAUAUUUUGUACUUGACGCUUGGUUCCUAUAGUAAUCCGUAGUUCAUGAUCUUAUCUCUGUUAGUCAUACUGUCUUUUUAUUACAAUCUUAUUUGUUGUGUCUGCCUGUAACUGGCCUUCCAAGCAUCUAAGGCAGAGACUGUUUCAUUCACAGCUGCCGGGACCCCUUCCAUGUUAGGGCUUGCAUUUUGUAUGUCUUUACUUAACUUAAACAGGCUUAUUAUGUCAUGCCUCAAUGCUAAGAUGUUCAAGGAUUCUCUCUAACAAGCACUUGAGAUUGUAGGAUUCUCACUGAUUUGAAUUUGAGUUUCUCAUGUUCGAUUUAGUUUUGACUAACAGGAAGUGGUCAUAUUAUAUCCGCUCGGGUAAGUGUGGCAUGAAUUCCCACAGUACUCGAAAUGUAUUUGCUUACGAUUGUAAGUCGCCCUGGAUAAGGCUGUCUGUUAAGAAAUAAAUAAUAAUAAUAAUAAUUUUAUGGUUAACAUUAGGAUAUCCGCAUGCAAUGCAGAUAAUUGUUUCUGGUGUGAAAAGAAUGUUUUUGUAUUCUUUCUUUCAGCAUUUGUAGAUAUUGUUUCUGGCUGUUUUUCCCCAAAUGUGAACUUGAAUGUUACUUUUUUCUGGGGAAAGUGAAUUUUUGAAUGAUAACACAGGUCCAGUAAAGUCUUUUGGUUUCCUACAAAGGAUGAGGCUGAGGCUUAUCAGAAUGAGGGAGAAUGCCCUGCAUGAUUGCUACCUACACUAAACUGUACCUGUCUUUAGAAUGACUGAAACAGAACCGUGCUGCAUUGAGACCACAGAGUGAUUUGAGACCUUCAAAUUUGCAUUCCGCAAAUUCAAAAUGUUGCGGUUUAGACCCACUGCCAGCCUCUUUGUUUUAUUUUUAACUUUUAAAAUGUGUGGGUGGAAAACAAUCAGCCAGGAUUGAUCUGAGCAUGGUCAGCUGUUUUGAAGUAUAGCUGCGGUCCUCCUUAGUCUUUUCAAGUGGUUGAAAGGGUGUCCUAUCCAACUGUCUAUGUCAGAAAAAAGCAGUAUAUGUCAGUAGUCUGAAUCCUCUGUGAUUCUUUAUUUGACAGUCUCCUUUCUUUUGAACAAUGAAUCUAUAUUUAAGUAUAAUUACUAUAAUCAGCAGAACAGAUGUUCAUGCCUUGUUAAAUGUCAUAUAGUUUCUAUUUGUUUUAUGCAACUGGCAACUACAUUUAUUUUAAUUAUAUUUGUUUUAUGAACUCUUAUCACUAAGCCAAUAUCAAAGUCCCAGUCCCAGUUCUUUUUUUGUAUGUAUAAACUAUCAAGAAUUGUUAAUAUACUAUGACUACCUUAUUUAUUGUUAAGUUAAUAUGACGAAGACUUCAUUUUUAUUUAUGUAUGGAACAGUAAUUCAAUUGUUUAUCCACUUUGUAUUCAUUUUUGCUUUUUUUUUAAAAUCUGUUCAAUAAACAGCAUUUUAAACCUCA